UGUAAACUUGGAGCCAUUGGCUCCCUUCCACCACCACCAACUAACCAGUUUCUUCCUCACUCCUCUGUCCUCACCACACCAUCAUCUUCACCUAUAUCUAUACAUACAUACAUAUAUACAUAUAUCAGCAACCCCAGUGCCCAUAUGUCACAUGUGUAUGCAUUUUUCCAAAAGGGUCUCACAAAGUUUUGACCUUUUUGGUAAACUAUGUAAAAUUUCUUGAAAUUUCAGAUCUUUAAGCACAGUAGUCAGUAUCUUUGAAAUACCCAGUUCAUAUUUAGGAUUUAUGAGUAAUAUUGGAAGCUUAGAAGUAAUUAUUUUGCAUAUUAUCAUAUGAAUUUGUUCAAGAUUUAGUUUUGGUCUUGUUCUUAAUUUUAGUAAUACCCUUAGCUUUUGGCUUUUGAAUCCCUUAACAUAAAUUAGUAAGCUUUUUGUUUAACAUUAUUGCUAUUGGAAGAUUAGGUUUUUGUAGAAGAUUUGUGUAAUGCCUUGUUAGUGAAUUGGAUGUGAUUAGGGUUUUGUUAAAAAUGGAUGUAAGUGAUCGAUGUUAUGUCGAGUGGAAAGAGGAAUAUAUUUCGAAGGAAAAGGGUAAGAGGGUGGUUCACUAUUUCUUGGAAGAAAAAUCGGGUAAAUCGGUGUUAGCUGUUUUAGGUACGGAGAGGAGUCUUAGGCAUAUGUUGUAUGUGGUUGCAGAAGAUUUUUUGAAGGUUAAUGAGUGUGAUCGUGUGGUUAAUGCUGCGUAUAGAUGGAGGUCGAAGAGAGAAGUUGUGAGAUGGCUUACUUCUAUGUUAUCAAAGCAGCACCAGCAAGAUUUAACUAAAGAUGAUCGAAUAUUAGGACUAACUACUGUAUGUCAGAGACGUCCUGCAAAAAAUUCGAAAUUGCACAGCCGGGAUAUAGUCUGGUCUGGUGGAACUUGGACUUGUAAUAAGCAACUCAAUCAUUACCCAGCAUUUUCCAGGAAUGGGAUUACAAUAGCAGUACAUUCAUUUGUUCAUAUAGUGGCUGAAGAAGGAAAACGCCAUCUUGCAUUUCUUGAAGAUAUGUAUGAAGAUCGGAAGAGUCAAAAGAAGGUCAAAGUGAGAUGGUUUCACUACAAUCAAGAAGUCAACAAAUUUGUCACAUUACAAAACUCUCACCCUAAGGAAGUUUUUGUUACACCUUACACACAGACUAUCAGUGUCGAGUGUGUGGAUGGUCCAGCUAUUGUCUUAACCCGUGAACAUUACAAGAAAUGUGCACCUAUGCUUCCUGAAGAUCUAUUGACUAGGUUUUAUAUUUGUUUUAGGCAAUUAAAGCACAACCGUGUGAAGCCUUUCAAAUUGAGUAGACUGCGUGGUUACUUUAAUCAACUAAUAUUUUCAUAUCUGGAUCCUGAUUAUAUUGAAGACAGUGAAGAACAUAUUUACGAAGAACAUGUGAAACAGGGAUCGAAAAGGUCUUUCGGGGUGAAAACGUAUGAGAUGUUGAGGAAGAGGCUCAUCCCCAAGUAUGCAAAAAAUCAGCAGUUAGAUGACUCAUGCUCUUUUAAGUCUAAUGAAAAAGUAGAGUUGUUAAGUCAAGAUAGUGGGAUUCUUGGAUGCUGGUUCAGGUGUACAGUUUUGCAGAUUUCUAGGAAAAGAGUGAAAGUCCAAUACGAUGAUUUGAUUGAUGAAGAUGGGAAAAACAAUAUUGAGGAAUGGGUUUCGGCUUUCAGAUCAGCUGCACCUGAUAAACUUGGAUUGCGCUGCUUUGGUCGACCAACUAUAAGGCCUGCUGUUACACAAGAUGAAACUGACGUUGCUUUGGAUGUUGGUUCAGUGGUGGAUGCCUGGUGGAGUGAUGGCUGGUGGGAAGGAGUUGUAACAGGAAUAAGUGCAUCUGAAGAUGGAGAAGUUCAAGUUUAUCUUCCUGAUGAAACAUUAUCCUUGAAACUACUCAGAAAAGACAUAAGAGUUUCAAGAGAUUGGAUGGGCGAUCAUUGGGUCGACAUUAAAGCAAACCCCAACAUUAGCUCGUUAAUACCUGCUGCCAUUGAGGACAAAACGACCAACUUUUCUGAUGUAGCUACCGGUGGCUUGCCUAGCAGUAGUCAUGCUGAUAAUAAUAUAUUAGAUAUCAUGAAAGAGGGUGACGAUGAUUGUGCUAAUGCAGAUAAAAUGGAAGUGUUGACUGAAGGUAUUUGAUGAAAACUUGUAAAUGCUCAAUGAACAAAGUAAAACUUGCAGUGACGGUGUACAGCAGUAGGUUAGAUAGGUAAUGCCGUAAGCGCUGUUUUGUGAUUUCGUAGCUCUGUCUUAAGAACCACCUAACUAUGGGCUCCAUUGCUGUUGAUUUUAACAUUUUGUAUUAGUUCACUAGUGUUCUUUGCAACACAGAGUGUUUUAAGUUAUGACUUAUGUACUAUUAUUGUCGUA